CUCCCUCUCUCUCUCUCUCUCUCUCCCUCUCUCUCUCUCGACAUUCAUUCAGCAGCUCAAAGAGCGCCACAGACACACGCCUGCAUACACACACAAACCCGCCAAUGACUCUUAGACAGUGAAUAUUAGCUGUCUGACCAGCAGCUGUUUCUUGUCCUUUUUGUGUGUUUUUGAGCAAGGGAGGACAACGUGUGAUUUUUCUGGACGAAUUCUAACGCGCUGAUCGUCUUCUUCAGCCUCAGCCUCCCUCGCUUCACAUUUCCUCUUUUUUUAUUAUGCUGCUCUCUCCCUGUCCCUCUUUCCUUCCAUUUCCCUCUCACUGUCAUUCUCUCAGCUCUCCGUUCUAAUUUUGGAAGCGUGGAACCUCGGGGAGCGCUCUCCCAAAGCUAUUUACGUCCUUGCCUCUCCUCCUCCUCCUCCUCCUCCUCCUCCUCCUCCUCCUCUCCUCUCCUCUCCUCUCCCUCUCGGCAGCCAGGAGGAGAACAGCAUGAGGAUCCUUUGAUGCACCAGAGCAAGGGAAUUCGGCUUCUCCUCAUCUCUGUAUUUUUGUUGUGUUGUUAGCUGUGGGAAGUCAGUAAGGAGGCUGCAGCAGCUCCGCUCCUGAACUGAUCCUUUCCAUCACUUCUCAGCUUAUGGAAAUGCACAAUUUUUCCAGGCAAGCAAGGACAUUACAUUGAUUGCCUCCCGGUCUUGGUUUCAUAGUUGGUGGUUUGAUGGUCGGUUCAGUGCAAGAGGGUUCAGUGCACCAAGAGGAAACAAACUUUUCUGUUCCGUCUGCAACACUGUUUUGGGAACACCCCAAAACAUACCAGCCACUAUCUCAGGAGCUGGAAAAACACUCUGCAUGGAUCAGGACUCCAGGUGAUUAGACACUACAUAUCAGCCUGGUCCUCUCUGGAAAGCCUGUUCUUCCUGAAUUUGAACUUCUAAUUUUCGAUUCAUUUCUCAAGCCCAGCAGGAGGAGGUGGAUUUCUGGAACCUGUAGCUCAGGCUACUACAUUAGAAAAGAGCAGGAUGCCUAAGUGUCAGUGACUUGUCAUCACAGCACAAAGUGAACAGCCAGAAACAGCAGGAACUCCAUAUCAAACUGGAGACUGGAGCCUAACCAGGCAAUAUUUGCUGGCUUACACAAUCAAAGCUCAGAGGAGUAUCCUCUGGAAUUUUUCUAUCAUUUUAAGGAUCAUUUUACAGUAAAGGAAGAUUUGAAUUCACCCAGUCAUUCAUUUUUGAGAGCACAUUUCAAUGUUCGUUCCACCCUGUCCUUGACAACUUGAACCCUAAACUAAGCUAUGAUGGUAUCUUGUGAGAGGAACUGACAGCUUUUCCUGUAACAAAAUAGAACGCUGCCUCUUGUCUUGGCAUGCUGUUGCGUCCCACGGUGUCAGGAUUGUGCGCCAUGUUGCAGACCAUCUAUGAGACUGAGUCCUGUUUUUCCUCUGCUAGCACAGACAGCCACCACCAGCCUCUGGAGCUCCUGAGUGGCAACAGGGGCUCCAGCACUGCCAUGCCCACCACCGUAGUGGAGGUGAAGAGCAGCCUCCCAUCAGGCAUGCAGAGCCCAGUAGGAACACCAAGUGAGCACAGAGGAGGAGGUGGAGAAAGUGGUGGGGGUCCAGGAGAAGGACCAGGAGGAGGAGCAGGAGGAGGCCCUGUGGACCUGCGGACAGAGCCCAGGGUGGGGUCUCUGUCUGGUGGUGCAGCAGCAGUGGACACAGCCCUUAGAGAACAGCAGCUCCAGCAGGAACUGGUGCUACUCAAACAGCAGCAGGAACUUCAGAAGCAACUGCUGUUUGCAGAGUUCCAGAAAAAACAUGAAGUGCUAACAAGACAACAUGAAGUGCAGCUGCAGGAACACCUGAAGCAACAACAGGAGCUUCUGGCAGCAAAGCGGCAACAGGAGCUAGAACAGAAGAGGAAACUAGAGCAACAAAGACAUGAAGAGCAGGAGAAACAGAGACUGGAGCAACAGUUGCUGCUGCUGAGGAACAAGGAGAAAGGCAAAGAGAGUGCCAUUGCCAGUACUGAGGUGAAGCUGAAGCUCCAGGAGUUCCUGCUCAGCAAGAAAGAGCCUGGUCCUGGUGGACUGAACCAUUCCUUCUCCCCAAAGUGCUGGGGAGCCCAGCACACCUCCCUGGAGCAGAGUUCUCCGCCGCAGAGCAACACCCCAGGAACUCCUCCCUCCUAUAAACUGCCCCCGCUGCUGGGGAACUAUGAGAGCAAAGACGAUUUCCCGCUCCGCAAGACGGUCUCAGAGCCAAACCUUAAGGUGCGUUCACGGUUGAAGCAAAAGGUGGCAGAGAGGCGGAGCUCUCCACUUCUCCGCAGGAAGGAUGGAACUGUCAUCAGCACCUUUAAAAAGAGAGCCAUAGAGAUAUCAGUCUCCUCUCUCUGUAAUAGUGCUCCAGGUUCAGGUCCCAGCAGUCCCAACAGUUCCAACACAGCUAUUGCCAAUGGCAACACAGGAUCGGUCCCUAACAUACAGACUGAGCUGCGAUCUCUCCAUCAAACCCUGGGGGCUGAUGGGACAUUGAGUCCUCUGAGUCUCUAUACCUCACCCUCCUUGCCAAAUAUUUCCCUGGGGCUCCCUGCUAACACACACAUCACGGCCCCUCAGAAAAUGUCUACCCAGCAAGAGGCGGAGCGUCAAGCCAUCCAAUCUCUGCGAGGUGGCGGAGCUCUGACGGGGAAGUUUCUCUCCACAUCCUCUCUACCUGCAGGGGUGGGGCACGAUGUGGAGACUCCGCCACCCAGCUCUCAUUCUGCCCAUUCCUCAUUAUUGCAACAUGUACUACUACUGGAGCAGGCCAGACAACAGACUGCUAUGCUAGCCGUCCCCAUGUACAACCAGUCACCGCUGGUUACAGCAGAGAGAGGUGUGUCUAGUGGUAUGCGGGCAGUCAACAAACUGCCUCGCCAUCGACCACUGGCUCGUACCCAGAGUGCACCUUUGCCACAGUCCCCCCAGGCCCUGCAGCAGCUGGUGGUUCAACAGCAACACCAGCACUUCCUGGAGAAACACUACAAGAUGCUAUCGAAGGGAACUGAUCUUCCCAGGCCGCCACCCACCCACCCAGAGGAGACAGAAGAGGAGCUAACAGAGACCAAUGACAUGCAGGAGGAUGACAGAGGGCUGGGCCCUCACAGGCUUCAGAAGGAGGGUUCUGACGACAGCACACCCCCCUCUGAGCGCCUUGGUGUGCGCCUGAAGGGUGAGGAGGAGUGUGGGGGCAUGCAUGUGAAAGGGGAGAGUACCGAGAGUGAGCUGGACGAGGAGGAAGAGGAUGAAGACGUCAUCCAGCUGAGGGAGGGCGAUGACGAGGAGAGGGGGAGCUACACACAGGCCUUGCAGCAGUUGGGUGUGUUCCAGUCGUCACUGCCCCACAGACCUCUGGGACGAGCCCAGUCCUCCCCUGCAGCUACUGUCAAUCCCAUCAAGCACCUCUUUACUACUGGGCUUGUAUAUGACAGUCUGAUGUUGAAGCAUCAGUGUGUGUGUGGCAACGCUCACAUCCACCCAGAGCAUGCUGGAAGAGUGCAGAGCAUCUGGUCCAGACUGCAGGAGACGGGCCUGCUGGGCCGCUGUGAGAGGAUUCGUGGGCGUAAAGCGUCUCUGGAUGAGAUCCAGUCUGUUCAUUCAGAGUUUCACACACUGCUGUAUGGAACCAGUCCACUCAAUCGACACAAACUGGACCACAAGAAAUUGCUAGGUCCAAUCAGUCAGAAGAUGUAUGCUGUUCUUCCGUGUGGAGGAAUCGGGGUGGACAGUGACACAGUGUGGAAUGAGAUGCACUCGUCAGCAGCGGUCCGCAUGGCAGUCGGCUCGGUCAUCGAGCUGGCCUUCAGGGUGGCAGCAGGGGAGCUGAAGAAUGGCUUCGCAGUGGUGCGUCCUCCAGGUCACCAUGCUGAGGAAUCCACUGCCAUGGGCUUUUGUUUCUUCAAUUCAGUAGCUAUCACUGCCAAGCUGCUACAACAGAAAUUGGGAGUGGGCAAGAUCCUCAUUGUGGAUUGGGACAUUCACCAUGGCAACGGCACCCAGCAGGCCUUCUACAGUGACCCCAAUGUCCUCUACAUCUCCCUCCAUCGGUACGAUAAUGGAAACUUCUUUCCUGGCAGUGGAGCUCCUGAAGAGGUGGGAUCAGGUGCAGGUGUUGGUUUUAAUGUGAACAUAGCCUGGACUGGAGGAGUGGAGCCCCCUAUGGGUGAUGUGGAGUACCUUACUGCAUUUAGGAGUGUGGUGAUGCCCAUUGCCCAGCAGUUUAGCCCAGAUGUGGUUCUGGUGUCUGCAGGCUUUGAUGCAGUAGAGGGUCAUCAGUCUCCUCUGGGAGGCUACAAUGUCUCUGCCAAGUGUUUUGGUCAGCUAACGCAGUUGCUGAUGGGUCUGGCAGGUGGGCGGGUUGUUAUGGCUCUGGAGGGCGGUCAUGACCUCACCGCCAUCUGUGACGCAUCAGAGGCCUGUGUCUCUGCGCUUCUGGGAGACACGUGUGACUCUAUGUUUCAGUGGCCUCAGGAGAAGCCAUGUCCAAAAGCCUGCGCCUCACUGGAGAGAGUAAUAGAGAUCCAGAGUAAACACUGGUCUUGUCUCCAGAAUUUGCCUCAGACGAGCGGCCACUCGCUAUUGGAUGGCCCCCUUGGUGCUCAGGGCCAAUCAGAGAAGGACGAGGCAGAGACAGUCAGCGCCAUGGCCUCGUUGAGUGUUGAUGUUGAACAGCCAGGCUCUGUUCCCGACAACUCGGAAUCCAGCAGGUCCACAGAGGAGCCAAUGGAAGAAGAGCCUGUUUUGUAGGAGGAGCUUAAACCAGAAGCACACAAAAACUCCACAUUCACCUCCUUCUAGCACCUCCUCUUCCUCUUCCUUUUCUUCUUCCUCCAUGGAUUUUGUGUAGGUACACACACAAGAUGGAAUUGUGCCGUUGAGGAGAACUCUGAUUGGCCGAGGAGAACAUUAUUGAAGGCGGGACUAUGAAAAACGUGGACAAAUCUCCUUUCUAGCGGUUGAUCAGCCAAAGGAGGAAUAGAUGAUCUCCUGUGGAAACCAGAGGAGAACAUUGGCAAGGAUACACGUCUUGUUACCUGUAUGCCUUACCUACCUGUACAGAGCAAUCAUUCUUCUGUCUUUUUCAUUUCGUCCAAAUUCCUCUGUUUCCACUGAUGACUGUAGAAGACCUGCAUUUGGAUCCCAUCAAAAUGUCAGACUCCAAGCGGACGACUUGUCCUCUUGUGUGUCUGUCUUUGUGCCGGAGAGACAGGUUGAGCGAACACGGGAUGGAGGAUGAAUAACCAGUUUUUAAACGAGCAAAGGAGGAGGAGGAACUAGGUGCCUUUUUUUGUCCACAGAAACAAAACCAUUAAAUCAGAAACCACAAAACACCACCGCCGCAGCACCUCAGCAAAACCAACCAGCCAAUCAGGACUGAAGAAACACACUGAUGCACACACAUACUGCUGUUGUUUCAGUCAGUCAGUUCAUUUUUGAGUCCUUGUUUCUUCAUCUGGAUGCCUUAAUUUGUUCUUAACUCACUAUUUAGCAACCUUUAGAGAGACAGGGAGAGAGAAUGGUGAGAGUUGAUAUAAAUAUUAUUCAGAAAUGUAUUAAAACUACAAAGAAUUGUAUUUUCUUUAAAAUCUGACAAUAUUCAUGUCAAGUAUUCCCAAAAAACUUUUUUUUUUUUUGAGGGAAGAAAAGCCUCUAAAGCCAUUAUUACACACUAGAAAUAUCCAGUAAAAAUCUCCAUUGAAUAUUAAUAGUCAUAUCAGUAAUAAUAUUCAAUCAGACUUUUAUGGAAUCUGGUGAAAGCGUCUCAGGAUCAGCUCAGUUUUAGCAGUAUUCAGUGUUUUAAACAUGUAGUUAAUUGAACUGCAUCACUUCAGACCACCACUUCUCUAUCAGUCCUCUCUCUCCCUUUUACUCAUUUUUGUUGUGACCUGAGCCCUACCCUCUUCCUGUAAAGGGAAUUGUGGCGCGUUUUUGAAACACCACAACGACCACCAGAUCUUUUUUUUUUUUUUUUUUUUUUUUUUAAAUUUCACAUUGUAAUAUUGUUUGGUGUAAAUACUGUCCUGUCCUGUUGCCCACGGUUAUGUGUCACAGCAGACUCUGUGUGGUCACUUUUCUAUAUCUGUACAUACAUAUAUGUAUAAAUAACAAAAUACUUUCUCUUUUUGUAUAAAAAGCAAAGAUAAUAUAUAUGUGCAUACAUAUAUAUACACACACACUCACAUGCACACACACACACACACACACACACACAUACACACAUACAUAUGAAUGUGUGUGUGUGUGUCUGUGUGUGUAACUAUGUUUUAUCCAAUCAAUGAAUAUAUUCUGUUUGGAGAUUUAAAGGUUUAGCUGUUUGACAGAAAGUAAGCACUGAUCAUUGAACGGCCACCUGUUUAUUGUUUGUUAUACAGAUGUUGAGGAUGGCUGGAUAUUGUUGUGCUGGUGAUGGUUGUAGUUGUUGGAGGUAAACAGCAAGUUCCAAAUCCUCAGGCAGGACCAGGCAGGCAGCACUGCCCUCCACAGGCAAACAGCAGCAGAAAAGGGGGAUAUUAAAGUCAAAGGUCAUGAAUGGAUAAAUGGGUCAGUCCAGUGAUGGUGUAUUUUUGUAGUCCAAUAGGGAGUUAGCUAGCCCCUCCGUGGCUUGUGAUAUUCAUUAGCCCUAAAUGUUGUACCACAUAUCACAGCUCUGGAUUGCUAGCUCCUGAGACAUUUCAGUCACUGAGCGGCACACAGAAUUUGUUAAAGCAAGAAUGUUUAAAGCAUUAACUGAUAGGAUGGUCAUCAGUCAGUCAGGGAGGGCAAUAAGGUAACCAAAAAAAGAUAAUUUACCUCCUCCACUGGAUCUGUCCUUAAAGGACCUGAGCCCAUGGAGGUCAGCUCAGCUUUGUUGAUGAUAGUUAUUAAUUCAAGGAAGCCAUAUAUUUUUAGAAUAACAAGGUAUAAUAUGACAAUGUGAUGGCGGUCUCUCGUAGUGAUGUGCCUACACCCAGUUAUCACAUGAAUCUGCUGUCAGCCACUAACUGGUGAACAUAGUGGAGCAUUUAGCAGCUUCAGAGGCAGAUAUUUCUCUCAGGAGUAGAUAGAGAACAAAAAUAACAGCAUAGAUCUUAUUCUGAGCAGAGGAUGAUUCUGUGAUGUGGAACUUAAUAUUUGAAAGACACAGGUCACUGUUGCUGUCCUUACACUGACGAGUAAUUGGUCAUAAAAGAGGUGAUGUUAGUAAAGCCAGGUUUUGGGUAACAGACAAAUGUCCAGUUGGGAUUUGGUAAACUUCUGCAAAUUAAUGCACUUCGCUAUGUGCUUUGAUAUUGAUUGUAUGAAUGAGGAAUUGAAAUGAUGUGUUGAGCAGGUGAUCUCAGAUUCUGGAGCAGAAAUCUCAGUUUUCACCAAACCUACUUUCUAGAAUCCCCCCUAGGUGAGCAAGUGUUCACUUUCUAUAGCAAACAAAAUAAUAAUACAUGUUUAAAAAAGGCUUUUUGUCACUGUCACAAAAUUUGGCUUAACUGACCUUUUAACUCCAAGGAGAGAAAUACAACCAGCAAAAACUUUUUUCUUUUUUUUUUUGCACACAGUAUUUGUAUUAACACAAUUUAACAAGAAUCUAGGAAUCUAAGAAGAUUACCAUCAUCUGAUAUGUUCAUAAUUUCAGCAUUCUUGUUUUAACAAAUGGUGUUUCUGGAUCAGGGCUAAUGAUGCAGUCUGUGACUGAACUGUCUGAGUUAGGAAAGAUGGCAAUAAGACAGCAUAAUAGUUUUAUAUGUAAUAAUCCUCACACACCAGCAUUGCUUACACAAGGCCAAAAAUAUAAAUCAGUUUUAAUCUGAAGUUAACAAUAGGCUACCCUUUGAAAAAAUUAAUUUGAGGUCUUUUUGUUCCUUUUCUAUUUUCAACACUUUACGCUAAUGUUACACCCAACAGUUUAAACAAAGCACAUUUUCAGCUGGAAGCAAAAUCUAUUACAAAGUGUCACUCAGUUGAAAACUGUGUGUAUUAGAGGUUUAAGGCUUAAAAAGGACUUUUCUUACACAAUACAAUUCUUUAACAAACCACUCCAGCUAAACUUUCUCUAUUAGAAUUUGUAAGGGAUUUAAAAUGGCCAAACGGUGUGUGAAAAGGUUACAACCAAACCUCUGUAUGCAUCCCACACACUGUUAGAAACCAUAUCUCUGACACGCUAACUACAGUGAAUUAGCAUUAUAUAUAGGAAGUUGUGUGGCAAGGCUUCUUCAUUGAGCGCCAGUUUACCGCUCGCAUUUUCAGAAAUGUGAUGCAUUUUACAGUAUCACUUUUCACAAACUGAUGAAUCCCGUUAGAGAAGGAGGUGUAAGCCACUUCUCCGCUCACUGCAGAUGUCCAGUGGACACAAAGCUUCAGAACUGAACUACUCUUAUUAUCCACAUCCACAAAAACACUAUUGUGUGAUGUCAGUAAGCUAACUUUACUCUCGGACACAGUCUUCAACCUCACUAAACUCCAUGUCUGAUGGACACUGCAGCGUAGCAUGUGUUGUAGCUGACACUGCUAUCUCUGGUUCUCAUCUGUUCAAAGCAAUACAACACUGAUGGGACAGCAGAGAGAGAGAGAGAGAGAGAGACUACAAUGUCCAGUUUAAGCUUUGCUAUGGUAAUGCAGCAGACAGCAUCACAGCUUACAUUAUUCAUGGAGCUCCCUCUAGCUAUGUGUUUUUUGUGUGCAUUAUUUGUCAGGUGGAAUGGACAGACAGUAUUGAUUGAUUGAUGAUUGAUUGAUCUGUGUUUCCAGGUGGUUCAGUGUGGUCUUUUUGUGCUACUGUAAACACUAAGGCCAGUUUGUCCAUUAACCCUGCAGCCGGGUUAGAGAGGACAAUUUUGGUAACUCAAGAGCUCGAAGACAAAAAUUAGCCAUCAGUAGUGUUGGACGGCGCUGAGCACAACUGGAGUUUUUGUGUCGGCACAACGGGACAAAAUUAACAGUUGUGGUGAGAUGAGCAGCAACUACCACAGCUGAGAGGUCUGUCAGUUACACAAUUUAUGUUCCACUUAAAAAUGCCUUAGUGUUUUCUCAACAAUUUAUAUUUUUAAUGAAUUUCGAUUGUACUCAAAGAAGAAAAUUAGGAUUUUCCUUUUAACUUGGACAGCAUCUAGUGGCCAUCAGAGAAACUGCUGUUUAAAAUAACAAAUGUUAAUUCUGGUUUAUUAAAAUUUGGACCUUAUUUUGUAGUUGUGGCCAUUCAGGGUAAUAAAAACACUGUACUCAUCAAGUUAAAAAGCAGAUCUGGGAUCACCAGAACUUUGAUAAAAAGCAGAUUUAUGUGACAAGAAAUUUGAAUAGAAACAAACCCUGAACCAAACAACUGAAUGCAUAUUGUCUGCGGUGAACAUCCAUUAUAGUUUACAGACCAACUUCACCAUUUAAAGUAGACCUUCAGUACUUGCCACAGCUGUAAACAGUUUUUGUUUGCAAUGAGGGAUGGUUGAUGUGUAUAGAACAGAAAUUUAAUGCAACGCAUUUUGUUCUAUGUACACCAACUACUGGUGUGAUACACUGAAGGCUAGUAUCCAAUCACAACCGAUGUUUAACACCACCCAAAUUUGACCAAACCACCGUGGGUGGGAUCAAACGUUCAGCAGGCUGCAGCCAGGUAUACUUGGGGCAAAAAUGGUAAUUGUUCUGAAUUUGCAACCAGCAAGGACACUAAACAUUUAUUUUAAAACAUCACACAGCUUCUGAAUGAAAGGCCAUUCUAGGCCCUCUUCUCAUCUUCUAACAUUUGGUCUACCUUUAAGCAACAGCCCUGUCAGUCUCAGAAAAACCAGUCUCACAAAUGAUUAACCACAAAUGUUUUAAUUUUUAUUUAUAUUUACUAUUGUCAAGUAUGGAAAAUUGAAUAAAAUUACGUGCUGAAAUUUAUAAAUAAUUAUAUUACAACCAGAGUUAUAAAAUCACUGAAAUAACAAUGUUAUGGACAUACUCUAUUGGCAGAGGAUGGCUUCGGGGAUAAAAUAUAUUACAGGGAGAAAAUCAGUCAACAGCACACAUUGCUCAACAAGCAAAACAAAAGCAUCAACCGUGCAGACAAUGCUGUUUGAGCAUAACAAACACGAGGCACAAAUGGUAAAUCCUUGUUCGACUGGUGAGACUCUGUACAGUGUCGGCUAUUUCUGUAACUGUGAAACUGACAGUCCUAUAAUCAUGCCUGCUUCACGCAGUGACUGGACAGAUGUGCGGUGGUGAGAACGUCGGUGGGACAUGAUUUUUUCCAAGUGUCUUCACACAACUAUUUCUGUCUACUUUUCGUGUGUACAACCAAGUGCAACAUAAUAAAUGCCUUUGAGAAGUGAUUGUCCAAAAGUUUGUGCCCAUUUGAAAGCUCCACCCACCUUUUACCACAACUUCCCAGUCAGUCAACAAAAGAUGGUAAGAACUAGUUCAGUGUAGCAUUUCUGCUUUGUUCUGAGAUCUCAGCAUUAGUUUGGUGGGUAAGACUCAAAUUAUCCUUCAGGUUGUGGUGGUUGCUGCUUGGUCUUGCAUUGCCGCCAGAGGACACACAUAAGCACAGAUUGUGGAUUGAAGCUUUAAGAGGCGGUUUCAGAGCAGUGCAGAGUAUGCUCAGUUCUGGUUGGUUUGUACCGAGUUCAGAGGAGUCACUAUGGCCACCUGGGCUCUGGUCCUGAGUCCUACUGAAAAGAGGGGACAUCUAGAAAACCAUCUGUACCACUGGAGUUUCUAUUCUGUAAAUUCAAAAACACUAACAAUACAAUGAAUAGUGUUGACACAGUCUGAUGGUUUGUGUUGUCAGGGCACCUCCCCAGUCCAGAGGCUAUACAGCUUUACUGUUGCUAUCACCCACACUAAGGUGAACGCACAUUUUCACACACUCUCAGACUAUUUUGCUACGUGAGUUAAUACUGUAUAUUUCUUGAUAUGUUUGAUACUGUGGUGUAACUGUAGUGUCCUGCUGUGAUUGGUUGGGGGGGGGUGGUGGUGGUGGAGGAUAUAUUUGGACUCCUGAGUGGGACAGAGGAGGUUCAGUAUCAGUGCGACUGUCGCCUCCUCUCUGUUUUACCUCCUGUUUUUGAGGGGAGUCGUUCUCUCUGUUACCUUUCUCUCGUCCAGCUCGUGACUGAACAAUUUGAAAACACAGUUUUUGUUGGAACUGAUCACAAGCACAUUCCUGAUUAUUCUGUCUGUGCUGUCGUUUUAUCCUGAUUCUUUCCUGUUGCGACAAUACGUGUUUAAUUCUCUCUGACUCACAUGUAUAUAAAAGUGCAUAUAUGUGUACACAUGUGCAAUACACGCUAUUCGAGCAAUCUAUUACUGUGACUAUUAUUGAUGAUUAUACCUGUCCCUUUUUCGAACUUUCAGCCCGUUUUUUCUUCUUGUCCUGAUUUCCUGUUGAUUAAUUGUGUUGCAAGAGCUUAAAAAGGGAAAGUGACUCUUGUGAUUCUUCACACUCAGUUUCAUUUCAGGGUUUGUGGACAUUUUAAUGAAGCCCUUUUUUAUUAGUCUCACUGUAAUGUUGUGACGUUGAUCCUAAUUAUCUGUUUCUUUGUUGUUUUUUUUAAGUGGGCCUGUUGUUAAAACUUGUCUGGAAACUCAAUAAAAGCAAUUCACUGAC